AUGUCUAUCCAUCACCUAGCGGUGGUGUUACGCAAGCCAGUUUGUUUGUUGUCGGGGCAUAAUCAUCACAUUAAGGGUCGGCAGGGGGUCCGCUGGGCGCUAAUUGGCGCGUGGCGCGAUGACGGGCGGGCGGCGGGUGCGCGCUUGUGGCUGCGACACGCGUGGCGCGGCGGCCGCGCGCCUGCAAGCCUCAGCGGACAUGUUCACAGCGCGGUUCCGCUCUGCCGCCCCGCUCCGCCAGACGACGCGGCGCCGCGCCUAUCGUUGGGCGCCUGCGCGGUC